CAAUCGUUCUUUAUUUUUAGCCUCCCCGACCUGAACCACUGCAUACUUUACUCCAACUUUCCCACUUUCACCCCCUCCAUUUAAGACAUCUUUGUGUUCUUUCAGACUUGUCUAUAAUUACCUCUCUCACUCUAUAUCCCAGCCCAGUGUAUAAACUUUAGAAAUGUGUAAACACAUCCUGAACGCCCAAGUGGCCAUCCGCUCUCCUUGCUGCAAAAAAUGGUUCGACUGCGCCGAAUGCCACCAAGAACAAGAAUCCCACACCCUCACCAAAACCACUGAAAUGGUACCUACACGAACCAAACUCCUACCACAAGCCUCAAUCACCAACCGAAAUCCAAAUCUAGGUCUUUGCGUGCAAGAAAUGCAAGAAAUGUUUCCGGAAAGACGCGACGGAGUUUGAUGAGAGGUGCGUUGUCGUCGUCACCCGCCCCCACACCCGCCCUUCUUGGAUAAACCGGAGGGGCUAUCUAUAAAAAGAGAGAGAGAGAUAGGGGGAGGGGUAGUUACAAAUGGGUCGUUUAUUGACUUGAACCUAUUUCUGGGUCUAGUGACGAGUACUGCCCGCACUG